UGGCCAAUAUUUACAUUUAACCUCUCCGCUCGCUGUCUGUGGGGACAUAUACAUUCGUUAACUAACAUUUAUGUCUUGGACUAAAUAAAAACGAAUCCGAUCUCAGGCCGGAGUUGUCUGGGAGGGUUGUUUUAUCGUCGUUUUCAGGACUUAUCUGUAGGUAGAUAUGACUUCCCUGACCCAGCGGAGCUCGGGCCUGGUCCAGCGGCGGACCGAGGCCUCGCGUAAUGCCGCUGCUGCUGACAGGGAGAGAGGAUCAGGCGACGAGGACUACGAGCCCGGGCGAGGAGACGAGCAGGACGAAGAUGACAGCGGAGACUCCAAAGAAACCCGAUUGACCUUGAUGGAGGAAGUUUUGCUGUUGGGGCUAAAGGACCGCGAGGGCUACACGUCGUUUUGGAAUGACUGUAUCUCGUCGGGCCUGAGGGGCUGUAUGCUUAUUGAACUGGCUUUACGGGGCAGGCUGCAGUUGGAGGCCUGUGGCAUGAGGAGGAAAAGCCUGCUCUCCCGCAAGGUGAUUUGUAAAUCCGACGCGCCGACGGGAGAUGUGUUGUUGGACGAGGCUCUGAAACACAUAAAGGAGACACAGCCACCAGAGACAGUGCAGAGCUGGAUAGAGCUUCUCAGUGGGGAAACGUGGAACCCACUGAAGCUCCACUACCAACUGAGGAAUGUUCGAGAACGUCUUGCCAAGAACCUGGUGGAGAAAGGGGUGCUGACAACGGAGAAACAGAACUUCCUGCUCUUUGAUAUGACCACGCACCCGCUGACCAACAACACCAUCAAACAGCGGCUGAUUAAGAAGGUCCAGGAGGCCGUGCUUGACAAGUGGGUGAACAACCCUCAGCGCAUGGACAAACGCCUGCUGGCCCUCAUCUUCCUCGCCCACUCCUCCGACGUGCUGGAGAACGCUUUCGCGCCUUUGCUGGACGACCAGUACGACCUGGCCAUGAAGAGAGUGCGGCAGCUGCUGGACCUGGAGCCGGAGGGAGAGAGCAUGAAACCCAACGCUAACGAACUUCUCUGGGCCGUCGUGGCCGCCUUCACCAAAUGAGGCAGAAGCGGGGUGUGGAGAAUGACUGAAAACGAGAUGUAAACGAUGGAAUCGGUCAGAUGAAAGGAAGAUGGAAGCGUGGCCGCGCCCCUAACCUGUAUCAGAAAGACUCGUUCACCGAAAUAUCUCUGGGUUUUUUUCUGUUCUGUUCUUUUCUUUACUUUUCUUUUUUUCCCCCCCUGUAGAGAAAUGUCCUUCUGUCCCUGUGUGCAGGGUGAGGUUUGUCCUGUGUGCAGGGAUUGGGAGAGGAGAGAAGUGAAGCACACAGAUUUCCGUUUUUUUGUUUUUGUUGUUGUUGUUUGU